UGGCGGCGCUGACGCCAACGGCUCCAGUUCUGCCUCCUGUCCAGAGAGAAGAGAGAAACGCUCGGUGGCCUGACGACCGACGACUCGCUGUGGGCAGCGGCUCCUUCUCGGGGAUCGGUAAAGUCCCUGCGCGCGGGUGACAAGGGCCCGGGUCCCCUCCACACACGCAUGCCAGCCACGUACAUACGAAUAGGGGCCUGCGUUCUUUUCGACGGGGGCGGCUUCCCGAAGGCCCGUGGCCUGGUAUUUGGCCGCACGGUAUUUACUUUUGAGGCCUGCCCUCCUCUGGCCUCCCUCGGGCCCUGCUCUCAUUUACGCUCUCGCUCUGUGCUUUGUGUUGUUAAACGCCCUGUUCCGAAUCCCUCUACGAGGCUGUUUACUUCGUCGUGACAUUUUAUUUAUUUGUAAUCUGCCCUACCAAUUCGGCUCUCCCGCCCCCGCCGAAAGAUGUCUCUUCUGCUUCCUUUUGCUUUUUACCAUCGUGGUAUCCAUAUUACCACUAUGCUUUUGAUUUCUCUGCCCUUCCAGAGCCAAUGUUGUCAUCCUUUCCCUGCCCUUCAAGAUUUGUUUUUUAAAAAAACCUUUCUUUCUCCCCAUUCCCCAGAUCAUUGCGGGCAUCUAGGAAAGGUAGGAUUAACUGGCCUAACUCCAACGAUGAUAAAAGUAGGGCGAAGGAAAGGUACCAAGCUACGUGAUUUCCUGGAACCACCCCCGCCCAACAUCCUAAUCUGAGAAUUUAAAACCUUGGCAUUUUUAUUUCCAGUAGCAGUGAUGCGAUAGUACUCGCUAGCGUUGCAUUCAGUAGCACCGCAAACGUAGCAAAAUAAGGAGCUAGAAUAAUUCUGGUUGUCUCUUGUGGUUGACAUGGGUUCUCUCACUUUAGGAACCCAUCCAGAAAACAAUUAAAACAAGAUUUUAAAAACAAAUUGCCAUUUCUUAAUACACAGAAAUAUAUUGUCUAUUACAGCAUUCAGCUGAAGGCAUUUUAUGUUCAUUUCCAAAACAGGUAGUCCUCAUUGGUGCUUGCUGCACUUAAAAGAUUGAACUGUACACCUAGCAUGUGUUGAUUAAUAUCUUAGAAAAAUAAAUUUUGAACCUAAUACUAAAAUAUUAUGGAAAACAGAACUGAUGCUGUCUGAUGCUUAGGCUGGAUAAAGAUUACUAUUUUAGUGAAGCCAGGGAUGGCCUUUGUUGCAGGAAAUACAAAGUAUUUCUAGUAAAUUACCUAGGCAGCAAUUCCAGUGAUAAAUUAGGUGGUGGUUCUUCCCACUGCAGAUCUGUUGCUUCUUAAAAUAUGUAUUCAUACAACUGAGGAAAGAGAAAGUUAAUUAAUUUUAUAUUAGAGUGAAUUUAGGCACAAUGGGCUUUCUAAUAUAUAACCUUUUUCUAAUAUAUAAUCUUUGUACAUCGGAUGCAGAAUGUCUUUUUCCCCAGUCUUCCUAAUGGGAGAAGGUGGAGUAUAUUUAAGUGGUGACGAAUCUAUGGUGGUGUCCCAGUGCAUAAUCUGGCACAGAAGGCAGUGUGAGAGGGACAGAGCUGCUUGCUAAAACUAUUGGGAAGGAUUAGUUUAAGAAUAAGAGCAGCUACACAGUUUAUGCAGCACUUGUGUUUGCUGCAGGUAGUCCUUGUUUCCUGCAGCAAAUGUGUAAAGUGUGAUCAAUAGACACACCUGAGCUGCAGCUCCUUGAUGCACAUGUUCAGGUGUUUAAGGACAGAAGCAUCAGUGUACCUGCAGCAAACACAAUUGUGAGACAAACUGUUGAGCUGCUGUAAAGAAAAGCCAAGUCACAAAAUACUAGUCCUGCAUAGUCAUUUUGUUAAAGACCUGAGGCUUACAAAUGCACCUACUUCUACACAUGCUUCGUUUGUUGCAAGAGAGACCUUGCUUAUAAAGAGCAAUACAGUCAAACAAGUUGUCUCGCCUGAUUUUAGAGCAAAGAUGCUCAUUGUCGACAUAUAUUCCAUAGUAGAUCUGUAUGUAAGAAAAAGUGUUAGCUGUGGCAAGACAGGCACUAAUGAUGGUGCUAUAUAAAUAAUAAUAAUAAUAAUAAUAAUAAUAAUAAUAAUAAUAAUCAAUACUUCAGUAGUAUCUCCAAGCAGAGCAUGCUAUUUAUUUGGCUGUGGCAAUAGGCAAAAUGAAUAAUCUUGGGGAUGAUGACUUUGGCCUUUCAUCCAUCUUCCUGGACAGUAGAACACAGUAGCAGCUUGGAUACAUUCCCAAUAUGUCUAUUCCAGAGGGGUAGCUGCAUUAGUAUGCUUCAACAAAAACAACAGGGUCUUGUGGCAUUUUAAAGACUAGAAAAUAUAUUAUUGCAAAGGCUUUUGUGAGCCAGAGCCAAUUCGUCCGAUAUUCAUAUUAAGAGAGAUGGUGUGGAAGAGUAACUGGACUAGCUUUCUAGCAUCACCAAGAGGAAGAAAAAAAUUGGAUAUGAAAGAAUUCUACCCAGGAAAACCAGAACUGUUUUAUAUGAAUUGGCCAUGGAGAAAACACAACUUACUUACAGAGGACAAUAUUGACCACAUCCAUAUGCCAGGAAUUGGGGAAAAGACAUCUGUAUGAAACUUUUUCUACACUGACCCCCAAAUACCUAUUGACUUGAAACCUGCUUUUUUAAAGAUAGCAUCCCUAAAGGGUGGUGAAGGACUUGUUUUUGUUCCUACGUUGACAAUGAUCCACAUAUCUGUUUUUCUGUAGUCCACAUAUUUUCAUUGGGAUCUGACUAUCAAAACUGAAUGGAGCAGUAUUUUUGAGGAAAAAAUGAAGUUCCAGUUAUGGCUUGACAUUGCAGAACUUAAAGAAUGUAGUGCCAGUCCCCCAGUUUUAUCUCUACUUUUAUAUGUUGGAAGAAACCCUGUAAGCUCCAUUCUUUUUCCUAUGUCUGGCGUGCAUCAUUGAGAGAAGAUUGCUGAAAGAAACUGAACUUGUCAAAUAUAUAGUUGAAAAUGUGCAACUCAUUUUUUUAAUGUUUCAUAUCAUUUUUCCGCACAGUGACAUUGCCUGUUUGUACAGUGUUGAGAAGAAAAGUUUUGUUUGGCUUUGGGGAAAGCUGUAAGGGAACAAAAGUUCAUUUAGCUUUCACAUACAAUCCACCCAUGGAGUUGCUAAUAGUUAUAGUGUAUUCUGCAUUAUUUUUUAAAAAGCACCUUCCUUGUCUACCUCAGAUAGUUUUAGUUCAGCAGUUAGUAUUUUGUAAGAAUUAGCAACAGUUGGCAUGUGGCUUUUCCUCAGUACUCCCCCCUCUUCAUUGUUUCUAAGGAUAGAGUUGAACUGUGUGCAAUAAGAGGCCCCAAACUUAUCCAUGCACCAUGGUUAAUGUUUAAAUGAGCAAUCCAGGACAACUCCUGAGCACAAAAGCACUAAGAAUAUGUUAGUAGAUGCUAGAGCAGUUAGAUUUUAACUGACUCACUGAAAUGGUGACUAUCAAAUAUUUGGGGAGCUACAGCUUCUUAACCACCUUUCACAUCUGUAUUUAAAGGAAUAGAGAACUUCUCUGUGAAUAUCCAGUCUUUAAAUGCUGUAGGAACUUUUAAACAAUCUAAAAAGCAAUGCAGGAGUGGCUUGGACUUGUGAUGGUUCAUGUGUAUGAGACAUCGUUGAACCAUUUGAGAAGGCUGCAAUCUGAGUCAAGUGCCACUAUUGGUCCAUCAACUCUGAUCUUACAGAACAUGCAGAGAAGGAUUAUUGAAUCCAUCUGCUACAACAAUAACUAGAGCAUUUCAAAAAGCAGUUUUUGCUAGUCAAAUAAAGUGACUGAUACAGUGUGACACAGUUGGAAGAAAGGGAUUAGAAUUUGGCAGACCAUUCAGUUUACAUUUGCCAGAGUAGCAAUGCAUUUUCCUCAAAAGUUAACUGAUAAUUACUUGACUCUAAAAGCUGAACACGAAACUUCCUGGGUUCACCGAGAUUACCAAUAUCAUCUUGAGAAACUAAUUGGCUUUCAAAUACAAUUCCGACUAUCAGAGUACACCAGAGUUACUCCAUUAUUUUUGCAGGAGAAGAUGGAAGAAUCAUUCUUUCCAUUUUCUUAAUUACUUGUUUUAAACAGUUAAGGUGUUCACCUAGUAAAGAAAAGAGAUAAUCAAUUCUUGGCUUCAUCUACAUCGCAAUAUUAAAUGAAGUAAAUAAUGACCUGUUAUCAAAGCUUACACUUAAGUAUACACUUAAACCAUGGCAGAUAAUAAGCAAAAUAUUUUAUAACGUUUGUUUAAAUUGAAGGUUGCAAUUUAAUAAACCAAACAUACUAUGUCAUAUAUUAGUUAUGGUAGUACGUACAAUAAUAUACCUCUUAUAUAAGAGAUAUCUUCUGUAUGUAUUUACAAAAAGGAAAUACCUUAAGUUCAUUUGCUUCUUAAUUUUUUCCAACUGGGAGACAUAAAGCAGUAUUGUUAAAUUGAUUUUUAAAGUGAUUCAUUAAUCCAUAAUUCCCCAGAACUAUAUUUUGGUUGAUAAUGUGGAGUAAUAGUGAAUUAUAUGAUGAUGUGAAUUUGACAGAAUAUUUCUCCUAAAUGCAGAUUAAACCUUCUGGAGCACUAUUAUAAUUUAGUGCAAGCAAAUCAAGCUUAAUUCCAGGGGGGGAAAAACUGGGGAGGGGAGAGAGAAACAUAUAACAAAAGUAAGUUGCUGUAAAUAGCAGAUUUUAAAAAAAAUUAUAAAUCCUGAUUUAACAUGGGUGACUAAAGUUUAAAAAAAGCAGACCAAACUUCUCUCUAUUAGAAUUGGCAAAAUACAAUACCAAAAACUAUUAAAAAUAUUCAAGUAUUUAUGUGAGUAAAAGGUUCCAACCUUUUAUUCUUUAAUUGCAGGAAAUUACAUAUAUUCAAAAUAAAAUUUAAAAGAGUAAUCAGUGUUCUUGCAAUUAACACUUUUUUUAAAUCAUGUUGUGGCUGAAGAGACAUCAGUUUCUAGGAUAUUGGCCCUGCAACAUUCUUUCAACUUUUAUCACUGAAAUCCAGUGACUAAUGGUGCAUCUUUGCAGGGAUGUUUGUGGUAGCAGAGCAAAAGAAAGCACUGAAGAAAAGAAAUUGAACAUUUUAAAAUCAAAAUUAAAGUAUUAAAUUUCCUUGAUUUUAUGCAGCCAAGCCUGUUGCUUUUUCAGGUGUUGUAUCAUGCAGUUACUUUCUGCAUAAAAUUGAUUGCAAUCCAAUUUGUCUAAAAAUAGUUCUUAAACUUGUGACUAUAUACAUCAUGUGUGUACCUUGUUUCUAGGAGUAUGUGCAACAUGCAUGUAUCUGUUUGUGCUCAUACAUGUGUGGUAAACAAUUGGCUUAAAAAUACGUUUGUAUGGAAAAUUAACUACUCUAUUUUGAGUUUCCCAAAUUUGACUUUUCAUUUGUAACAUAGCCUUUUGCUACCAUGCUUCUAUAUACAUUGUUACAUGUAUAAACACAUACAGUAUGUAAGAAAGGAUACAUAUGUGAAUAUGCAUAUCAAAGUUUAUACAUAGAAGUAUUUUUUUUAACUAUGCAGUUAAUAAAGAUCGGGGAAGAUUUUUCCUUUUUUCCAAUAGGUGAAGAGAUCUUGAAGACCAGAAAUUGAAACAUUAUGUUUUAAAUUAAUAAAAAAAAAAAAGUUAAAUUGUCCGGCUGUAGAAGACGGAUCUUCUUCUUUGCAGCUGAUUUGAAACACAAGUUCAUCUUUAAAUGAACUGUUUAUUUUGAAGAGGCAAUUAACCUUCACUAUCUCCAGUCUUCCUGACCAAUCAAAUGGACAUGCUUUCUCCAGUAGUUGUAAAUCACCCUCUGUCUGAAUUUUGAAUGAGGAUGAGAUGUGUUUCCUUGGCAAUGUGAGGAAGAAAAGUCUUUCUAUCCCAUUAUUAUCAAUUCAUGGAUUGAGUGUUGAUUCGACCUACAGGAGAAAAAUAACUGGAAGUCUUUGAAGAUAGUUACUUGCUGAACUUACCAAGAUUAUAUUUAAAGAAGAUACCAUUAAUAGAGCCUAUAGAAGAUUGCACCGUUUCAAAUCAAGCUGUGCCCAGCCAUCACGGAGAGAAUUCAGCCAUUGGUCUCUCCACCAUAAGCUUGCAGUAAAGAUUCAGUCCAAGAUGUCUAAUCAAGGAGAUGAUUGUUACUUUUAUUUCUACUCCACAUGUACCAAGGGGGACAGUUGCCCCUUCCGUCACUGUGAAGCUGCCCUGGGGAAUGAAACUGUCUGUGUGCUCUGGCAGGAGGGGCGAUGCUUCAGGAGUAUUUGCCGGUUUAGACACAUGGAGAUUGAUAAAAAGCGCAGUGAGAUUCCAUGCUACUGGGAGAAUCAGCCUGUGGGCUGUCAGAAGUUGAACUGUGCAUUCCAUCACAACAAAGGACGUUUUGUCGAUGGGCUUUUCUUACCUCCAAGCAAGACUGUUCUUUCAAAUGUGACUGAGUCCACAGAAGAAGAGAUGAAGGCUACACAGAUCUCACUGCAGCAGAAUAAGCUUUCUGUUCAGUCUAAUCCAUCCCCUCAGCUGCGUGGGGUAAUGAAGGUGGAAAAUUCUGAAAAUGUACCCAGCCCCACUCAUCCACCAGUUGUUAUCAAUGCUGCAGAUGAUGAUGAAGAUGAUGAUGAUCAAUUAUCCGAAGAAGGUGAUGAAUCUAAAAUGCCUAUUCAGCAACCCUCUGGAGAGGUUCCUAAUGGAUUGCGGGUAAUUUCUACUCGGAAAACAGUGACUAGCACAAAGCAAGAUAAAGAUAAUAGUUUGAAUUUUGGGAUUAAAACCCUUGAAGAAAUCAAGUCAAAGAAAAUGAAGGAAAAAUCAAAGCAACAAUGUGACAUUCCCUCUGAAGUCACUGCUCAAAUCCAGACUCAUCCAGGCCCAGAGAAAGAAAAUGUACGGACUGUGGUCAGAACUGUAACUCUAUCUACAAAGCAAGGUGAGGAGCCUCGGAUUCGAUUGUCUCUUGCAGAGAGACUGGGAAAACGGAAGCCUCCCAUAGAAGUUGCUGAGAGUGGCCUUCCCUUAAAACGUAGCCUUGCUGAAAGACUGGGAAAGAAAAUGGAUUCCCUGGAGAAUGCAGACAAAACAGUGAAGAAAGUACAAGUUCCCAAGUCUCUUAAAGAGAGACUAGGAUUACCAUCUGAGCAGAACAAUAUGGAAAAAGAGAAUGCUGCCAAAACAGCAGGUGACAUCCACGUGAAAACACUGGAAGAAAUCCGUUUGGAGAAGACUAGCCAAAGAAAGGGAGAAACUCAGUCCAAGCUCAGGGUUGAAAUAGUUUGUACCACAGAUGAUCCCAAUCCAGUGACAAAGCCAUCUCCUUCAAUCAGAAUCAAAACCUUUUCUGAAGUCCUGGCUGAGAAAAAACAGAGGCAAAUGGAAGAGGAACGGAUAAAAGCUGAAAAAGAGAGCAUUACCAAACCAAAGCAUGAGUGUGAGCCUCAGAAGCAGGGCUCUCUGGUUUUGGCUCUGUCAAGCAGAAGAAAACUAGAGGAGCCUUCUGGCAAAGCCAGGGACUUUGGAGAGGUGCGCAUCAAAACUCUGGAGGAAAUCAAGCAGGAGAAAGCUCUCCGAAUGCAGCAAAGUGCAGACAGCACCUCAAAGACACAGGUGCAACCCGAGCGAAGUCCAGUUGGGAGGAGACUGCUGUGCAUUACAAAGCCAGCUGCAGCAGCCCCUGGAAGGGAAGAAAAAACAUCCCUGGAGCUGAAGUCUUCUCCAAGAACUUCCACAGCAGAUGCUACUGUGAAGCCUUUGAAUGACAGUGUGAGCAAUUCACAUUCUAAGGUGUAUGUGAAGAGCUUAGAAGAGAUAAAAAAAGAGAAACAACGGCUAAAACAACAGCAAGAAAAGAAACCCCAUGAAGAACAAUUAGCUAUGCCACUUUCUGGGGAAGAAAUGGCAGAAGGGAAGGCCCCAGUCACUACAAAUCCUGAAUCCCCUGGGAUAACAGGGAAAAGUCAUCCACUUACAAAGAAGUUAUUGGUGAGAUCCCAGGAAGUAGCACCAGAGAACUUGGGAUCAGAGGAGUUGAGACUCUCCGUUCAGUCUCUGGAACGAAGGGCUAAAGCUAAACCCAAGAUGAAUGUGAAACCAUCCGGAAUGAAACCUUUGUCUCCAGCAAAGCGGGCAUUGAAGCGUAAAUCAUCAGAAAGCCAUCCCUCUGUCGCAGCAGUGAAGCCUCUGAGCCCCAUCCCAAGCACAGAAAAGAAAGAGCUCCCACCUGAAAAUCCAGCUCUGGCAAGUGAUCCAGUCCUUCCAAGGGACACUGUAGCCUUAAUUCCUGAGAGAGUAUCUUCCAACAGUUCUGAGCUGCAAAUGGAUAACCAGGUGGCCUCCACGUUGCCAGCAGAGAUAGCAAGCCCAACCUCUUCUCAUGCAGCAGUGAAGACACGCAGACUGAGUUCAACAGGAGCUGGGAAGACACCCUCCUCGGUUGAAGACGACUUUGAAAAGCUAAUUUGGGAAAUCUCAGGAGGCAAAUUGGAAGCUGAGAUUGAUUUAGACCCAGGAAAAGAUGAGGAUGACCUCCUGCUUGAACUUUCUGAAAUGAUUGACAGUUGAUUUUUCCAUAUAGUUUCUUUUUGAGAGAAAAUCAAAGCUAUAUCUUUUGUUGGAUAACCAAGAUUACCCCUUUCUAGCUGAGGAGUUAUGACAAGUCUUAAAGCACAUUUGAACUGGUUGAAGAAGCUGGCUGCAUUAGAUUGUCCUGAAUUGCCCUGCUGGUCAGAGAGAUGUCCCUAUAUGACAGUCCUGUUACUAUUCUGCCCACUUUAAAGACUUGGAGAACAAAACCAUGAACAUUUCAACUAAGAAAAAUCUGAGACCGUUCAUAAUCCCACAGAGUGCACUUGUUCCAUCAACUCAAUGAUCUUCAUGAAGAUUUUUACUGAACUGUUUUCCGGCUAUGUGGCAAAGUUCAGUGUCCAUGUAUUUCAGAGUUUUCCCUUGCUUUGUGAUUUUUAAAGGGUAAUUUCUAUGUUCUUGAGUUACUAUGUCAACUCUGAGUUAUGUAAUUAUUUUUUAAUUUGAUUCUAGAUUAGCAGUACGGUUUAAAAUGUAGAGGAGGGGAGAAGUAAUGCUCUUGGACCAAACAUGCUGCCACAGUGCAGGUGGGGCCUUAGUCCCUCUUAAUGUUGAAGACGAUGCAAUAUGUUCAGAGAGAAUAUUGAACAGCCUGCUUUAUCCUCUGCCCAAUCAUUCUGUAUCAUCUUGAGGGGUUUCCACUAGCAAGCAUAAACUCAUGGGGCAGAAGUUAAGAAAUCCCCUUCGGAUUAUUGUAUCCAUUCAGCAAAUAAUAAUUAAAAACAUGCCCUAAAAGGGUAUGCAAAGUUAUUCUCAGGUUCUUCUUUUCUUUUCCUAAACUGAGAAAAUGAUGGCCCACUCUGCUGGCAUUGCAUGGGUCAUCAGAAGCAAAGCUUUGGAAAGCUGUCCUCUGGCAGAUAAAGUAGUUGGAGGGCUUGUUCCUGUGUAUGCAAUCUGCCCUGCCAAAUCUGUAGAGUUCUCAGCUGUGGUGUAAUUGCCCACCCGUGAACUUCCUUUGGCAUCCAUCUUCAGCACUCUGGCCCACACAUUAGGAUUUUCCAAAAAACCUGCAGUGGGCCUUUGGAGACUUGGGUGUAUUGUGUAUCAUACCAUUCUUGAUAUUGUUCUUGUUCAUUCUUCACUCCAUAUUUUAUAAUCACUUCUUCCUUAUUCUUUUUACCGCUACUUUUAAUUAGUCAACUCCUGCUACUUACACCUCUAAAAGUGUAGGAAUGGUGCAGGAUAUGUUUCUGGUUGUGUUCCUAGCAAGAAAAAAAAAAUGUUGCUUGAUUCUAAUGUAAAUACAGUUGAUUUAACGGGAAAAACCUAUGCUUUGCAUAUUCAGUUUGAAGUAUUGCCUCAAGAAAGAAAAGUUGAAAAGAGACAUUAAAAAAUAAUAAUUAAGAAUUGCCAUCUUGAACGAAUUGCUAGUUUAUGUAUUGCUCCAAAGAAGUUGGAAAACAAUGCCCUUCAAUAUAUUGGAGAAUCAAUAAAACUUCUGGCUGAUUGUGAAUGAAAAGUAACAGACAUUUGAGACUGUGAAUAACUUUUCUAUGUUGUUUGCAAGAGUUCCUGACUGCUUAAGCAGGAUGUUCCGUUUACAGUCAGGUUUUUUCAUUUUUUUUCUCCUGUCGAAGAAAAUUCCUCUCUGGGUUUUUACAUACUCCAUUAUGUUUUGAACAUCUUAGUCUUUCAUUUUCUAUUUAAAUCACUGUAUCUGAAUCAGACAUGUUUACCAUUGCAAGUGUUUGUGUUUUAAAUAAAGCUAAUGUAAGAAA